AGUUGGGCGCUGACUUGCAAAGGAUUGUUUUUAACGUCCCUUUCAAGUCCGCGUUGCCCGCUGUUAACGUGAUUAGCCGUAUUCGCCGCAGUGGCAAUAAUCGUUUGUUCGCCUCUUCAGCCGACUUCCGCCCAUGUCCAACAUGGCGAUUGAAUAUUCCUGACCUUUACGGGGUUGGGCGGUGAUUGCUGUCUGAGCUGGUAGGGGGUGGAGCGGUUAGUAAACAGCAAAUGCAGGAGCUUCUGCGCGGGAGUCAGCCAUGGACUGGAAAGAAAUUCUUCGCCGGCGAUUAGCGACGCCCAGCACCGAAAAAAAAAGUGAACAAGAAUUAAAAGAUGAAGAAAUGGAUUUAUUUACCAAAUACUACUCAGAAUGGAAAGGAGAUAGGAAAAACACAAAUGAAUUCUAUAAGACCAUUCCCCGGUUUUAUUAUAGGCUGCCAGCUGAAGAUGAAGUCUUACUACAAAAAUUAAGAGAGGAAUCCAGAGCUGUCUUUCUGCAGAGGAAAAGCAGAGAACUAUUAGAUAAUGAAGAAUUACAGAACUUAUGGUUUUUGCUGGAUAAGCACCAAACACCACCUAUGAUUGGAGAGGAAGCAAUGAUUAAUUAUGAAAAUUUUUUGAAAGUUGGUGAAAAAGCUGGACCAAAGUGCAAGCAGUUUUUUACAGCAAAAGUCUUUGCUAAACUCCUUCAUACAGACUCUUACGGAAGAAUUUCUAUUAUGCAAUUCUUCAAUUAUGUCAUGAGGAAAGUUUGGCUUCAUCAAACAAGAAUAGGACUCAGUUUAUAUGAUGUUGCUGGACAAGGGUACCUUCGGGAAUCUGACUUAGAAAACUACAUAUUGGAACUUAUCCCUACUUUGCCACAAUUAGAUGGGCUGGAAAAGUCUUUUUACUCCUUUUAUGUUUGUACAGCAGUUAGGAAGUUCUUCUUCUUUUUAGACCCUCUAAGAACAGGGAAAAUUAAAAUUCAAGAUAUUUUAGCAUGCAGCUUCCUAGAUGAUUUAUUGGAGUUAAGGGAUGAGGAACUGUCCAAAGAGAGUCAAGAAACUAAUUGGUUUUCUGCACCUUCUGCCUUAAGGGUUUAUGGCCAGUAUUUGAAUCUUGAUAAGGAUCACAAUGGCAUGCUCAGUAAAGAAGAACUCUCCCGCUAUGGAACAGCAACCAUGACCAAUGUCUUCUUAGACCGUGUUUUCCAGGAGUGUCUCACAUAUGAUGGAGAAAUGGACUAUAAGACCUACCUGGACUUUGUUCUUGCGUUAGAGAAUCGAAAAGAACCUGCAGCUCUGCAGUAUAUUUUCAAAUUACUUGAUAUUGAGAACAAAGGAUAUCUGAAUGUCUUUUCACUUAAUUACUUCUUCAGGGCCAUACAGGAACUAAUGAAAAUCCAUGGACAAGAUCCGGUUUCAUUUCAAGAUGUCAAGGAUGAAAUCUUUGACAUGGUUAAACCAAAGGAUCCUUUGAAAAUCUCUCUUCAGGAUUUAAUCAACAGUAAUCAAGGAGACACAGUCACCACCAUUCUAAUCGAUCUGAAUGGCUUCUGGACUUAUGAGAACAGAGAAGCCCUUGUUGCAAAUGACAAUGAAAACUCUGCAGACCUUGAUGAUACAUGAUCUCUCAAAGACUAGACUGUGUUCAUUAAGAUAAACUUGAAUGCUGCAUGCAAAACCUUUCAAGCUGGAUCCUUAGAAAUGGCCUAAAUAAAAUACUUUAUAUGCCUAUAGAACACA